AUGGAAGAAAAGGAGAAGAAGAAGCAUCGUGCAAAGCACAGUGGGCCAAAGGCAGAGAAGAAAAGGAAACGUUAUCUCAAUGACCUGGGAAUAGGAGAUGAGGAGAAUGCACGGAAGAGAAACCCCAAAGCCUUUACAGUCCAGUCUGCUCUGCGGAUGGCCAGAAAUUUCCAUAGAACUCAGGAUUUGAAGACUAAAAAACAUCACAUUCCUGUGGUUGAUCGUACUCCUUUGGAGCCACCUCCUGUGGUGGUGGUUGUAGUUGGCCCUCCCAAGGUUGGGAAGAGCACUGUAAUAAAAUGUCUCAUUAAGAACUUCACAAGGCAAAAGCUGGUUGAAAUCCGUGGUCCUGUUACAAUUGUUUCAGGUAAAAAACGCAGGCUAACUAUUAUUGAAUGUGGGUGUGACAUUAACACAAUGAUUGACCUGGCUAAAGUUGCUGAUUUGGUUCUAAUGCUUAUUGAUGCCAGCUUUGGAUUCGAGAUGGAAACAUUUGAGUUCCUGAACAUUUGUCAGGUACAUGGCUUCCCCAAAAUUAUGGGAGUUCUUACCCACUUGGAUACAUUCAAGAACAACAAACAGUUAAAGAAGACUAAAAAGAAGUUAAAGCACAGAUUUUGGACUGAAGUGUAUCCGGGUGCCAAGUUGUUUUAUUUGUCUGGGAUGGUUCACGGAGAAUAUCAAAAGCAGGAAAUUCACAAUUUGGGACGUUUUAUCUCUGUUAUGAAGUUCCGACCUCUUACUUGGCAAACAUCUCACCCAUAUGUUCUCGCAGACAGAAUGGAAGAGCUGACAAACCCAGAAGAUGUUCGAAUCAAUCCCAAAUGUGACAGGAAGAUAUCACUCUAUGGAUACUUGAGAGGAGCACACCUGAAAAAUAAAAGUCAGAUUCAUAUGCCAGGUGUAGGAGACUUUACUGUGAGUGAUGUGAGUUUCCUGCCAGACCCCUGUGCUCUACCUGAACAGCAGAAGAAACGUUCUUUAAAUGAGAAAGAGAAACUUGUCUAUGCUCCUCUUUCAGGAGUUGGGGGUAUUGUAUAUGAUAAAGAUGCUGUUUAUAUUGACCUUGGGGGAAGCCAUGCUCAUGAAAAAGAAGAGGAGGAAGUGAGACCAAAUCAUGAACUUGUUCAGAGCCUCAUCUCUACACAUUCAGCCAUUGAUGUUAAGAUGGCAUCAAGCAAAGUCUCUCUCUUUAUGGACUCUAGACCCUUAGGUUCAGAAGAUGUAGGACAAGAGUUUGUGAUGCCAAAAGAAGAGAGGCAGAUUGAUUUGAAGACUGGAAGAGUACGUCGGAAGGCAAUAUUUGAGGAAGAGGAGAAAGAAAAUGAUGAUACAGGAAGUGAUGAGGAAGAUGACCAAGAAGAAGAAGAAGCAAUGUCUGAGGAUGGAAGUGAUGGUGAUGAUGAAAAUGAUGCUGAGGCAGAAAAUGACAGAGAGCAAUUAGGGGAAGAGAUGAUUAUUAGGAAAGCCAAACGUCUGAAAACAGAGGUGGCUAAGGAAGAAGCUGUAAAUGAACUGCCAGCAUUUGCAGACAGCGAUGAUGAUCUUGAGAUGAGUUCUGAAGAAGAAGAAAGAACUGCCCCUGAUGACAGUGAGAUGGAGGAAGAUGAUGAUGAGGAAGAGGAGGAGGAGGAUGAUGAUGAACAAGGGACUUAUGAAGAUGAAAGCUCAGAUAGUGAAUUUGAGGCUGCAAACAAAAGAGCUGAAUCUAAGCAGUGUGAAAUAAAUAGUGAAGAUAGAGAAAUGAAAUCACAAAUCUCUGAUCACAGUCUGAAAAGAAAAUCAGUUCUCACUACAGAUUCAGGAAACUGCACAGCAGAAGAGGCAUCAGAAUGGGAGGUUGAAAACUCUUCACUUGAUGAGGGCGAUGAUGAAGGAGGAUCACAUGAUGAGUUAGAAGUUGAAGAGUCAAAUAGGAAUGGAUUUCAGCACAGUCAAGCAACAAAAGCUGACAGAGUUAGACAGACUGAACUUGAAUCUGUAGAAGCUGAAGAUGAUGAUGUGGAGAAUUUACUGAGAGAGGACGAGGAAUACGAAGAAAAAUUAGACUUUUCUGCUGACACCACAGGUGCACUUAAGUGGAAAGAGGACCUUACACAGAAGGCAGCUCAAGCCUUUCUCAGACAGCAACGUUCAACUCCCAAUCUUCGUAAACUUGUAUAUGGAACAGCUGCAGAGGAUGAGGACCAUGAGAGUGAGGAUGCAGCUGAUGAACUUGGAGGUUUGUUUCAUGUCACCCGUCCAGACAAAGCAUCCAAACAGAAGGCUAAUGCUCUUGACUGCUCCAAGUUUCUGGUAGAAAAGCCACGAGAUUGGGAUUUAGAAGAGGUUUUGAGCAGUAUUCGAGACUGCUUUGUCACCGGAAAGUGGGAAGGGGAUAAAGAUGCAGCAAAGCUGUUGGAGGAAGAUGAAGAACUGUAUGGAGAUUUUGAAGACCUUGAAACGGGUGUUGUGCACAAAGGAAAGGGCUCUGCUGAAGGAGAUGAGUCUGGAAGUGAAGAAGAGGAGGAAGAUGAAAAAAUAUCCAAACCAGAACCUGAGGAGGAGGAGGACAAGAAAAAGGAGCACAUGGAGAAGAAAAGGAAACUGAAAGAAAUGUUUGAUGCUGAGUAUGAUGAAGGGGACACCACAUACUUUGAUGAUCUUAAAGAAGAAUUGCAUAAACAAGCACAGCUUAAUCGAGCAGAAUUUGAAGAUCAAGAUGAUGAGACCAGAGUGCAGUACGAGGGUUUCCGGCCCGGGAUGUAUGUUCGAAUAGAGAUUGAGAAUGUGCCAUGUGAAUUUGUCCUGAAUUUUGACCCUCAUUAUCCUAUUAUCCUGGGUGGUUUAGGAAACAGUGAAGGAAAUGUUGGAUAUGUACAGUUGCGCCUGAAGAAGCACCGAUGGUACAAUAAGAUCCUUAAGACACGUGACCCCUUAAUCCUCUCGUUAGGGUGGAGGCGCUUUCAGACCAUCCCCAUGUACUACAUUGAAGAUCACAAUGGGCGUCACAGGCUUCUGAAGUACACACCACAACACAUGCAUUGUGGAGCAACUUUUUGGGGGCCUAUCACUCCUCAGGGUACAGGAUUUUUGGCAGUUCAGUCUGUCAGUGGCACAACG